AUACUCCUUCGAGUCUUAGCAGAAUAUACCAAGAAAGAAGAGGAGAGAAAGUGUUUAUUGUUUUUAAGUAGUCAAGAAGCUUCUGAAUUAUAUACAGAUUAUAUCAGAAAACCAUCACUGUCACUUCUUGAUAUUCUGUUGCAUUUUAAAUCUUGUCUUCCACCCAUUGAAAGAGUAUUAGAUUAUCUACCUGCAUUGAAACCCAGAUUUUACUCAAUUGCCAGUUCUCCAUUAGAUGAGGAUUCACAGUUCAAAAUUUUAUUUAAUGUUCUUAAAAUUUGCAAAGAAAAAGGCAGAAUGAGUGAAAGAGAAGGUGUUUGCACUGGAUGGUUAAAUAGUUUAUCAUCAGAAGUUCAGAAAUCUUCUGAAUCUUGCCUGGAUACUAUUGUUGAUGGGAUUUCGUCUUUGAAUCUCAGCUAUAAAGAGAUCAACAUAUUAGUGUAUAAAAGGCAAAACAGGCAUUUUUACUUUCCAGAAAGUACAGACUGUCCAGUGAUUAUGGUAGGUCCUGGUACUGGAAUAGCUCCUUUCAUAGCUUUUUUGAAACAUCGUGAGAAUCUUAUGAAAACUCAGAAUUCGGACUCAAACUUUGGGAAAACAUGGCUAUUUUAUGGCUGUCGUUAUAAAGACAGAGAUUUAUUAUACAAGGAAGAACUUGAAAGGUUUCAGUCAUGUGGUGCAUUAACACAUCUGAAAGUUUCAUUUUCUAGAGAAACCUCUUCCAACAGUGUGACAAAAUAUGUUCACCAAAAUAUUAGACAACAUGCUGAAGGUAUUGUUGCUGCUGUUAAAGCAGAAGGCAAAAUUUUUGUCUGUGGUGAUGCAAAGCAUAUGGCUCGUGAUGUACAGCAAGCAUUUAUUGAAGUUUUCCAGUCAAAUCUUGGCUUAAGUUCUGAAGCAGCAAAAUCUUUUGUAGAAGAAUUACAAAAUGAUUAUCGGUAUGUCACUGACAUAUGGGCAUGAUUUAUUGGCAUAAAAUAUGUCAUAUAAAUGAAUGCACAUGGAAAAAUUUUACAUUCAUCUGUAUUUUAAUGCAAAUAAAUUCAAUAUUCAUUUUUUCCCAUUGUAUUUGUUGUGACAAUAAACAAUCUAUUUAGGAAGAUUUAA